UGUGUCCCAGAAGAUGCUGGGCCAUUCACAAAGCGCAGCGCUUCUCGCGCAUGCGCAGUCCACAGUGUCUUGGUCAUCCCCUGUACUGUCUGCAGUCUCUUGGUCAUCCCCUGUACUGUCUGCAGUCUCUUGGUCAUCCCCUGUACUGUCUGCAGUCUCUGGUCAUCUCCUGUACUGUGUCCGCAGUCUCUGGCCAUCUGUACUGUGUCCGCAGUCUCUGGUCAUCUCCUGUACUGUCUUUAGUCUCUGGUCAUCUCCUGUACUGUGUUCGCAGUCUCUGGUCAUCUCCUGUACUGUGUCCGCAGUCUCUGGUCAUCUCCUAUGCUAUGUCUGCAGUCUCUGGUCAUCUCCUGUGCUAUGUCCGCAGUCUCUGGUCAUCUCCUGUCCUGUGUCCGCAUUCUCUGGUCAUCUCCUGUACUGUGUUCACAGUCUCUGGUCAUCUCCUGUACUGUGUACGCAGUCUCUGGUCAUCUCCUGUACUAUGUCCGCAGUC